CAAAAGCCUCACUCGCUCACUCGGCGCGCGCGAAGAGCAGCGGCAGGAUCAGGAUCAGGGAGCGGAGCGGAAUACAGGCGCGAGGACGGGGGAAUACGGGCGCGAGCGGAGGCAGGCUGAGAGAGAGAGAGAGAGAGGGAGAGAGAGGGAGAGAGUGAGAGAGGCUGCUUUCCUCAGCGGACUGUAUGCGCGUUGUGCGGCGAUGCCGGUGGCCGGAGAGUCGCAGGCGCAGCGCUAAAGACGCGCUUUGCGCAACUGGACGGGAAACAGAGACGCGCGGAGACGCAGCGGAGCCCAGGGUCCAGGAGGGACCACCAGGGGCCGUGUGAGCUUUUAGGAGACCUCCAGGAUUUGUCUUUGCGCUGAAAGCUUGGAUUUUACCCCAAAACUUCCUCCCCGAAUUCUCCUCAUCACCUCCCCUCACUUCUCCUUCGUCUUCUCGUGGAUGGUGGGGCUGAGCCGUGGGGAGCCCGUGGAGCUGCAGAGCCUUUAGGACCCCCUCCCCUACACAGCCACCCACCCUAACGCGCACAUACAGCUCCUCCACCUUCAUGCCCUCCUCUGCACCCCAGUAUGGAUUACUUUCUGCUCCUCUGCAGCCUCCUGCUGCCCCUCAGCUCCGCUGUGGAAGAAACGUUGAUGGACACCAAAUGGGCCACCACAGAGCUGGCGUGGACUUCACAUCCUGAAACUGGGUGGGAAGAAGUGAGCGGCUACGAUGACGCCAUGAACCCGAUCCGGACGUACCAGGUGUGCAACGUCCGCGAGCUGAACCAGAACAACUGGCUCCGCAGCGACUUCAUCCCGCGCAAGGACGUGCUGCGCGUGUACGUGGAGAUGAAGUUCACUGUACGCGACUGCAACAGCAUUCCCAACAUUCCCGGAUCUUGCAAGGAGACCUUCAACCUCUUUUACUACGAGUCGGACUCGGACUCAGCCACGGCCACCAGCCCGUUCUGGAUGGAGAACCCAUAUGUCAAAGUGGACACAAUUGCUCCGGACGAGAGCUUCUCCAUGCUGGAAUCAGGCCGGGUCAACACCAAAAUCCGCAGCUUCGGCCCGCUGUCCAAGGCUGGGUUUUACCUGGCGUUCCAGGAUUUGGGAGCGUGCAUGUCACUCAUUUCCGUCCGGGUUUUUUACAAGAAGUGCUCCACCACCAUCGCCAACUUCGCCGUCUUCCCAGAGACGGCCACAGGAGCUGAGGCCACCUCGCUGGUCAUCGCUCCCGGCAACUGCGUGCCGAACGCCGUGGAAGUGUCCGUGCCACUGAAGCUGUACUGUAACGGGGACGGAGAGUGGAUGGUUCCGGUCGGCUCCUGCACCUGCAUGGCUGGCUUCGAGCCCGCCAUUAAGGAAACGCAGUGUCAAGCCUGCAGUCCGGGGACCUUUAAGUCGAAGCAGGGUGAUGGGUUCUGCUCCCCCUGUCCCCCCAACUCCCGCACCAGCUCCGCAGCGUCCAGCAUCUGCUCCUGCAGGACCGGCUACUACAGAGCGGACACGGACCCGCCCGACACCGCCUGUACCACGGUUCCCUCGGCUCCCCGCAGCGUGAUCUCCAACGUGAACGAGACGUCUCUGGUGCUGGAGUGGAGCGAGCCGAAGGACCUGGGUGGCCGAGACGACCUGCUGUACAACGUGAUCUGUAAGAAGUGCAUUCCGGAGCGCGGGAGCUGCACGCGCUGUGACGAUAACGUGGACAUCUCUCCUCGUCACCUGGGGCUGACGGUGCGGCGCGUGGAGGUCAGGAACCUGCAGGCUCACACGCAGUACAGCUUCGAGAUCCAGGCCGUUAACGGGGUCUCCAACAAGAGCCCGUACUCGCCGCAGUUCACCGCCGUCAACAUCACCACCAACCAGGCCGCUCCGUCUGCAGUUCCCACCGUCCACCUGAUGGGGGCGUCAGCGAGCACCAUGAGUUUGUCCUGGCUGCCUCCGGAGAAACCAAACGGCAUCAUCCUGGAUUACGAGAUUAAGUACCACGAGAAGGAUCAGGGUGAAGCGAUAUCCCACACCAUGACGGCUCAGCGUAGCUCAGCGCGGAUCGAGGGUCUGAAGCCCGGCACUCCGUACGUGGUCCAGGUCCGCGCUCGCACCGUGGCGGGGUAUGGCCGCUACAGCAGCCCGGCGGACUUCAGCACCAACCACCAGACUGACCCUGAGAAGUCUUGGCAGGAGCAGCUGCCCUUCAUUGUUGGCACUGCCACAGCUAGCCUGGUCUUCAUCAUCGCUGUGGUGGUCAUCGCCAUUGUCUGCCUAAGGAAGCAGAGGAACGGCUCUGAGUCAGAAUACACAGAGAAACUGCAGCAAUACAAAUCCCCUAUAGUCACUCCGGGAACCAAAGUCUACAUCGACCCCUUCACCUACGAGGACCCGAACGAGGCUGUGCGAGAAUUCGCCAAAGAGAUCGACAUCUCCUGCGUGAAGAUCGAGGAGGUCAUUGGCGCAGGUAACCAACAGCACACGGUCCUGAGCGGCAGGGGGAAGCCAGCUAGACUCAGCCAGGCCAUUCCCUUAGAGGACUUCACUCCAUGCGGAGAGUUUGGAGAAGUGUGUCGCGGUCGUCUGAAGCUGCCCGGCCGCAGAGAAAUCAUUGUGGCCAUUAAAACGCUGAAGGUGGGCUACACCGAGCGACAGAGGCGGGACUUCCUGAGUGAAGCAAGCAUCAUGGGACAGUUUGACCAUCCAAACAUCAUCCGCCUGGAGGGCGUGGUCACCAAGAGCCGGCCAGUCAUGAUCGUCACGGAGUUCAUGGAGAAUGGAGCGCUGGAUUCCUUCCUCCGGCUGAACGACGGGCAGUUCACGGUGAUCCAGCUGGUGGGCAUGCUGAGGGGCAUCGCGGCGGGUAUGAAGUAUCUCUCGGAUAUGAACUACGUCCACCGCGACCUCGCCGCCCGCAACAUCUUGGUCAACAGCAACCUGGUGUGCAAAGUGUCCGACUUCGGCCUGUCCAGAUUCCUGGAGGAUGAUCCGUCGGACCCCACGUACACCAGCUCACUGGGGGGUAAAAUCCCAAUCCGCUGGACGGCUCCGGAGGCCAUCGCCUACAGGAAGUUCACCUCCGCCUCCGACGUGUGGAGCUACGGCAUCGUCAUGUGGGAGGUGAUGUCAUACGGAGAGCGGCCGUACUGGGACAUGAGCAACCAGGACGUGAUAAACGCGGUGGAGCAGGAUUACCGGCUGCCGCCCCCGAUGGACUGUCCCACUGCGCUCCACCAGCUCAUGCUGGACUGCUGGGUCAAAGAGAGGAACCUCAGGCCCAAAUUCUCUCAGAUCGUCAACACGCUGGACAAACUCAUCCGCAACGCUGCCAGCCUAAAGGUGGUGACCAACACACAGUCCGGGGCCUCGCAGCCCCUGUUGGACCGCAGCGUGCCCGACUACACCACCUUCACCACUGUGGGCGACUGGCUGGACGCCAUUAAGAUGAGCCGCUACCGAGACAGCUUCCUGAACGCCGGCUUCGCCUCCUUCGACCUGGUGGCCCAGAUGACAGCAGAGGACCUGCUGCGGAUAGGCGUGACGCUGGCCGGACACCAGAAGAAGAUUCUUGGCAGCAUUCAGGACAUGAGACUGCAGAUGAACCAAACGCUGCCCGUCCAGGUUUGAGGCAGGAAGGGGGCGGGACUGUGCCGGAGAGAGCCAAUGGGAAACCCCAGCUGCCUGCCCAUCUCGGCCAGCCUGACUCAUAGAACUGACUAAAAUCUAUCUACAACUGGCUUGCAGUGCCUCGGACGACUUCGUUUUCUGGUUUUCUUUUCCAUUUUUUCCUGGUUUUCCUCUUCGGACUGCAUUUUUUCCACCUGGCGAGACAUUUACUACGAUUAUUUUGUACAUUUUUUAAACAAAAAGUGAAAAGGAGACCCUCAUACCCCAUGCGUGCCUCGCCGGGCUGCGGCGUGAGGUGUAUUUCUGCAUGUGUGUGCAUUUUUUUUGUUUUCUUUUUUCCCUCCCGAGCCGUGUCGCUUCCUGCCAUGAUGCCCUUGUCGCUUCCCGUGACGGAUCCUGCAGAUCGUCAUCGUCCUCCGAACUCUGAACGGACUGGAAAGCGACGGCACGGAUAAGGAGGAGGACGAAGACGAGUCCGUCCAGCGCUACGAACUGUUUUAUUUUGUGUAUGAGUGCGUAUGAGUGCGAAUAUUCUCCAUCUUCAUAUUGAAGGUGUUUUAAUUAAAGGGCACAUGCCUGAGAAGGACUGGCUGGAGAGUCACAGGCCAGGUCAAAGGUCACGGAAAGGUCACGGCCUCGCUCGGACCGGUGGGAGUAAUCGCGCCCGGCGGAUCGGAGGCGCGCUUAUGGGAAAAAGCGCAUCACUGCUCUUUAAUUUUGCUCUUCAGUUCACCACCUGUGUUGAAAUAUGGCCGGUCAUCACUGAUUGGACGAUGCCGAGGUCAGCCCUCGCUCUGUAACGGACAGGCCUUCUCUAUAGAGUUUGUGUAUGUGAUUUUGAGCGUGUGAAUUAGUGAUCGAGUGUAAGAAUUAUGCACAUGAAUACUGUACAAUACCGCUUUAGCUGCACUCCACCAGCGAGGGGGAGCCGAAACGCAUGAACCGGGGAGCAGAUAUAUUUCAAUCAGCUGUAAUAAUCUGUGGACAGUUAUUAACUUUUUUAAGGAAUCACUUUUUUAAGAGAAGAAAAUGGGAAGUUAUAUAAAUCUGAUGCAUAUGUAUUAUAAGUAUGUAUGCAUAUACUUGAGAAAAUGUUAUAUAUGCAUAUAUAUGUAUAGAUAUGUGCAUCAUUCAGAGACAGAGUGAGCUAGAAAAAAAUUCCUUGUUUUGCGUGCAUUUCCACUUUUUUUCCCAGGUUUAAUCUGUACAACCUCACUAUUUAUUUCCUCCUGCAUCGGACACGAGGACGAAAGACCUGAGGACUGACGAAAACAGAUCAAUAA